AUGGUGUCCGAUAACCUGCUGUCCUCAUUGUCGGCAUACGCCACUAUUGUGGCGGUUCCGAUCGGGCUAGCGACCCUCGCCCUCACGGAGCGCGGCUCGAGUAUGCUCACCUCCGCCUCGCGAAAUGCGCGAACGGCCUUACGACCGUCAGAAGGGACCUGCGGAAGGAGGCUCUGGGUGGAUUUGAAAGAUGGUCCGCUGCACACCUCCAUUUGGACGGCGAACAGUUACCAGAUGUCGCAUACGAAAGCCGCGCGGUGCUGGGAAAGCACUCUUACUACCGUCGUGAGCAAUUGGAGUCCAGCUUCCUACGUAGUCGAGAAGCCCGAAUGUCUGCCCCUAUCCAAGGAGUUCCUUCACGUCGAUCUCCGAGUCAUCUUGGCGUUCGUCUUUAUGGCCGUCCUCAAAGAGAGGUCUCGGCAAACAGAAUAUCGGUCCGGACCACGAACUUUCGCUAUGAGCGGUGCUGUUCUCGAGGUACAAGUCAUCAAGCCAGAUAUUGUGAUCUUGCAUCUUGAAGGAACCAUCCAGAGGACGUUCACAAAGGAUUACGUCCAACGCCUUUUGGGAGGAUACCCACCUCUGCUCGUAGACCCACAGAACGUGAGUGUCUUCAAGGCUGGUGAUGAGACACGUGGCGGAUGGGUCGUCGCGCUGGGCCUUGCAUCGAACUACGACCCGGAGGACGUAUUUUUGCCGGUGUACUCUGACUGCGUGAGGUAUCACAGCGACCGACGCGGGCGUGUCUUUUGGCGCUCGAUGGACCGCGUACGACUUAUCCUCGAGAGUAUUUGGGCGAAGGCCUUCAAGGAUGACGCGGUAGCAUACAAGCAGAUAAUCAGCGCCAUCAAUGCACUUGAAUUCAUUCACAAGUAUGAGACGGAAAGUGGAGUGGACCAGAUUUUCAAUAUAGCGACACCGCCGAAUCUUCUGUCGGUACAGGAUCAGAACCGGAUCAUUGCACACUUCAACGGACCACCAAGCAUUGCAGAUGAUGAAAAACAACAACGGCGGUUCCGCGCUGAGUGGCAGCCAUUGCUGCGCUAUGUGUUGAUCGCUGCAGUGAAGGGAUCGGUCGAAUGUAUUGCGUACUUUAAGAAUCCAGGCCGUGAGCUGGAGCACAUUCUCCCAAUGGAGGUCCUGAAGUCAGCGAGGCUUUACCUUCGAGGUUGUUAG